AUGCAGAUCUUCGUCAAGACCCUCACGGGUAAGACUAUCACCCUUGAGGUGGAGUCUUCCGACACCAUCGACAAUGUCAAGUCCAAGAUCCAGGACAAGGAGGGCAUCCCCCCCGACCAGCAGCGCCUGAUUUUCGCUGGCAAGCAGCUCGAGGACGGCCGCACCCUCUCCGACUACAACAUCCAGAAGGAGAGCACCCUCCACCUCGUGCUCCGCCUGCGUGGUGGUGCCAAGAAGCGCAAGAAGAAGGUCUACACCACCCCCAAGAAGAUCAAGCACAAGCGCAAGAAGACCAAGUUGGCCGUCCUCAAGUACUACAAGGUCGACUCCGACGGCAAGAUCGAGCGUCUCCGCCGCGAGUGCCCCUCCGACACCUGCGGUGCCGGUGUUUUCAUGGCUGCCAUGAACGACCGCCAGUACUGCGGCCGCUGCCACCUUACCUACGUCUUCGACAAGAAGGAGUAA